AUAAAAUUCAGCCGCGCUGCGCCAUGUGCACCGUAGUCCACGAUACUCGUUGCAGCUGUUGCAUCGUUCACACUGUUUUCAAUCACCAUGAUGUCUACGACCGAGUUGGCUGCUUCAGAUGGAAUCAUCGCCACAGGACUCCAGGUUCAAGAUGGCUAGGGCAAGUAACGCUCUUCGGAGGCUGUAUCUUCUGGCCUUCAUCUGCUUAGCCGUCAACAUCAUCUUCGUUCUUCAUCAUUUCUUCCUUGAGCACGGCGCCGACGUGAAUGUCAACCGGUACGGCCAGCUAAACAAACCAGCUAAAGAUCGAACCGGUUUGAAGCAGAGUCAUGGAGACUCAAACAGAGUAGAAGAGAAUCAGGGACUGGUAGAGAUCCGCAGACAUCGAGAACGGGUCGAACCUGUCCAGGAGAUGCUGGGGGGCAACGAAAGGCUGAUGAGAGAAAAAGCUGACGCGGCAUUCCGCGAAGGAAAAAUCGUGGUCGGUGAAGAGAAGGAAUUCCAGCAACCUGAGCCGGCUGAUAAAUUCAAAGACGUGCCACUGGUUGUAGGGGAAAACGUCCGGAAAGACAACGAGAAUGAAAUUGAGCAACCAGCCGAGCAGAACGACAAGAUGAUGAAGGACGGCCUUGGGAAUGCUAACGACGGUAAGGAUGGGAAGGCAUCUAAAGACUCCCUGCACUUCGACAAUGCCCGAAAAGCCGACCGGUACGGCCCCGGAAUGAUGGGGGAAGCCGUGCAACUCGCCCGCCUAUCGGCGAACGACCAGAAGAGGCUUGAACUCGGUAAGAAGAACCACGCCUUUAACGAGUACGCUAGCUCCAAGACGUCGCUACAUCGGACGCUGCCCGAUGCAAGAUACCCAGGGUGCAAGAAGCUUGCAUACCCGCACGAUCUCCCCAAGACAAGUAUCAUCAUUUGUUUCCACAACGAGGCUUGGUCUACUCUCCUUCGCACCAUUCACAGCAUCUUGGACAGGUCACCCCUGCGGCUGAUUCAUGAAAUCGUCCUCGUUGAUGAUGCUAGUAAUCUUGAGCACUUGAGGGAACCACUCGAGGACUACAUAUCCCUGCUACACGAGGCGCGGAUCCGCCUGGUCCGCUCGCCUGAGCGCGUCGGAUUGAUCCGAGCGCGCAUGCUCGGUGUGGACGCCAUGGAAGGAGAGAUCAUCACUUUCCUCGAUUCGCACAUUGAAGUAAUGGUGGGCUGGUUAGAGCCUUUACUUGCCCGUUUGGCCGGCGACCGAACGCGGGUCGUCAUGCCGGUGGUUGAUGAGAUCAGCCAGGAGAACCUCAAGUACGGAGUGGUCCCUGAACCGCUCCAGAGGGGCGGCUUCAACUGGCGGUUCCAGUACCGGUGGGUGGAGGAUCCGGGGUACGCCCGUCGCUCGUCCAAGGCAGAACCCAUACGGUCCCCCGCAAUGCCGGGAGGUCUACUUUCCAUGGACAAGAAGUUCUUCACCAAACUUGGCGGCUACGAUCCUGGAAUGGAAAUUUGGGGCGGGGAGAACCUAGAGGAAUCUCUCAAGAUUUGGACUUGCGGUGGUAGCAUAGAGAUCAUUCCGUGCUCGCGUGUGGGUCACAUCUACCGGAACCGUUCCCCUUAUUCCUUUCUGGGCAAGAGCCCCAUGGAUGUGGCCGAGAGGAACGCCAUGAGAGUUGUGGAGGUGUGGACUGACGAGUACAAAGAAAACUUUUACAACCGGCUCCCUCACCUGCGGAGCAAAGACUUCGGCGACGUGGAGGAUCGCCGCCAGCUUAGGCAAAGACUCGGCUGCAAGAGCUUCGAGUGGUACCUGAAGAACGUGUACAAGGAGCUGUACGUGCCAGACAUGAACGACAUGCAGAAGUAUUCGGCUUCGAUUUCCAGCAAAUCUGGAGUUUGUUUGGAUUCCAACGAUCAGAACGGACAGACCGGGAAGCGGUUGAUCGUGUGGGGUUGUCAUGGACUCGGUGGUAAUCAGUAUUUCGAGUUGACCAACAAGGGUCAGUUGCGCAAUGACGAGCUUUGUCUUGAGCCUGAUAACCUCAAUCGAUACGUACUCUUACAAAAGUGCGCCCCCAUCGGCAAGAGACUGACCCACCAAACAUGGGAAUAUCAGGAAAAGGGCGGCAGAAUAAAGCACGUUCCCACAAAGCUCUGCCUGCACGUGAACAAACCUGAGAAGGGAACGGAAGUGGAGAUCAGACUUUGCCGAAACUUGGAUCCGAACCAGAAAUGGACCUUCACGUGAUUGCCUUACCGUGCAACAACUUGCCUGCAAUAUCUACAGGCGGAGUUCCACUCCUCGUAUAGGUUACAAUCAAUUAGUUGUAUUCAGUAUGAAAGUACGAAUACAAAAGUAAGUGACGAUUGGCCUAAAGUUAACACUUUUAAUAUUUUGUUGAAGAAGGCAUCUGUUUUGUAGAAAUGACAUUUUUAGUAGAUGUCUUUUAGAUUAAGCCUAGUUUAUUUUGCCCGAGAUUGUAUCCAAAACAAUUUGGCGGGAAAAUCAAUUUAUAAUUUGCAGUUUGAAGCAUGUACAUCAAUUAAAAUGUUACAACACCUGUCAAAAAUUGUUUAGCCAACUUGAAUGGAACCUUCAGAAAAGAAGCAAUGUAACGAUGUUAAGAUUGAAUCUGAAUUACUUCUACACAAACAUUUAACAUUUGGAAGACUGACUGGUUUUGAAGCUAGCACAGUGAGGUUUUUUUUUAAACGUAAAAUAUCAGAUAAAAUAUUUAUGAAUGUUUUAAGCUUGAUGUUAAUAAUUAUACUUAGACCAGUUUGUUUAAGAUAAUAAGUGAUAAAUACGGAAUAUCUUAGGCGUAAACGGAUUGAUCAAUUUAAAGUUGAAUACAAAUUCUGAAAAAAAGAGAUUAUGCAUAUUGAAAUAUAUGUACAAUUCCAAUUAAAAGUGCAUCCUGAAAGACUUUUUUUCUUAUGAACCGAUGAAUAAAUAAAACACUCUAAAAUGUGUUAUUUACAAAACUA